GACCACUACUACUCCUCCUAAUUCAAGUGUGGUCAUGCCAAACACCAUCAACCACUCUCUCUCUCUCUCUCUAAAAACAUUUUAAACACCCCAUGUGAAAAUCCACACAAAACCGACCUCUCCAAAUGCAAUAAAUCACUCUGUUUUUUUUUUCAAUUCAAGAGAUGUCUUUCCCGGAGUCGAAUAAUCCGGGUCAGGACCCAUUUAAAGCUCUGAAACUCAUCAUACCAAAGACAAGACCCGCGACGCUCUCACCACAUCCUUGAAGGCGGCGAUGGCCACACUCUUAAUCCUCUCCAUCUCCCUCGCCGCAUUCUCCGCCGUCUACAGCCCGUCCCAACCCGAUUUCUUCACCUGGCCCGAACCCGACCGACCCGACACCGACCCGUACACGGCCCUCUUCGACUCCGACGAUUCCCCCACCAACGUGAGCCACCUCGCCUUUGGCAUCGGCGGCUCCACCGCCACCUGGCCGAGCCGCGCGCGCUACUCCGAUCUCUGGUGGGAAGCCGGCCUCACGCGUGGAUACGUCUUUCUGGAGAAGGACCCGGGCGGGUCCGGGUCGACCCGGCGCGGAAUUGAGCACCGGUUCUCGUCGGAGUGGCGGCGGUUCCGACGGACGGCGGGGUCGGAGGCGGCGGUGAGGAUAGCGCGGGUCGGGUCGGAUCUGUUCCGGGUCGGGUUGCCUGGGGUGAGGUGGUUCGUGAUGGGGGACGACGACACGGUGUUCUUCCCGGAGAAUCUGGCGGCGGUGCUGGGGAGGCACGAUCACCGGCGGAUGGUGUACGUGGGCGGCAACUCCGAGAGCGUGGAGCAGGAUGUGAUGCAUGCGUACGACAUGGCGUUUGGCGGCGGAGGUUUCGCUGUGAGCUACCCGCUCGCGGCGGAACUCGCCGCGGCUAUGGACGGAUGCCUCAACCGCUACCACUACUUCUACGGGUCGGAUCAGCGGGUUUGGGCCUGCAUCGGCGAACUCGGAGUCGGGCUGACCCGCGAACCGGGUUUUCACCAGAUUGACAUCAGAGGGGAUGCUUUCGGGAUCCUAGCAGCACAUCCGUUGGCGCCUCUCGUUUCUCUCCACCAUCUUGACUCUGUCAACUCCUUGUUCCCGAACCAGACUCAGCUCGAGUCCGUUAGCACCCUGAUGAAAGCCUACAAGGCCGAUCCUCCCAGAAUCCUGCAGCAAUGCUUUUGCUAUCACCGCAAAUACAAAUGGUCCGUCUCAGUCUCGUGGGGCUACGUGGUGCAAAUAUUUCCCACUAUGCUCACAGCUAAGGAGUUGGAAAAGCCUCAACAGACUUUCAAAACAUGGAGGUCUUGGAGCGACGGGCCCUUCACUUUCAACACGCGGCCUGUGAGCAGUGACCACUGCCAACGGCCUGUUGUCUUCUUUCUGAACUCUGCUGAGGUGGAGGAAACUGGGAAAACACUCACGACUUACAGAAAGGUCGAGCCUCAGCCGGUGAAUAAAUGUAACAAGGACUACGCUCGUGCUGUGGCCAUUGAAAACAUCGUGGUCUUGGCAUCCAAAAUGGAGCAGCAGGAGUGGGAUCAGAGCCCAAGGAGGCAGUGUUGCGAUAUUGAUGGAAAUUUAGGACAUCGAACGAUGAGAAUUAGGAUUAGAAGAUGUAAACAUUCAGAGAGUAUAACGAUAUGAGGUUAGCUUAGCAUACAAAAUAUAUACAGUUUGUAAAUAAUCGGCAGACAAGGGUCACCAUUUUCUAAAUUCUACUAUAUAAAAGAUAUAUAUAGAUAGAUUAAUACU